ACGCGACCACCGACGCCACUGCCGCCGAACACUUCCAAAACGCGUUCUCCCGUGUCCCGCGACGGUCAUUCCGCGCGCAAUCGUCUCAAUACGCUCGCGUACUUCCGCCGUGCGAGUUGUUCGUCGUCGGUCAUCCGUCCGCAUAAGAAAAUUUCCAUUCGAAAAACAACGACGUCAUAAUAAUAUUGUCGUUUCAAAGCACGCGCCCGCGUAUAGACAUACACCCGACGACCGUCAUCGAAGACCUGCCCCGAGUGUAUUUCGUCCCAAUAAACCAUGAAAGGGUGGAGAUUGGUCGUGCUUCUCUGCACGGCCUUGUUGAGUGAACCAGUACGACCACAAAACAAAUGGAGUCGACCUGAGACUGCUGCAAAACGUGUUGAUGAUUGGAUACCUAUAACGGCAGCAUGUCCGUCGUGUCAAAAGAAUUUGGAAUCUAGUGACGAAGCAGGUGGUGUUGAUGAAGUCGGACGUCUAUUAAAUCCACCGGCCGCACCAUCCGGACGUGCAUUUAAUUUUAAUACUAAGCAAAACAAUUUCAACCGAGCUCCGGCUGGUGAACCGUACGAAAUCACUACACCGGCGGCAACGUCAGCUCAGUUCUUCAGCCAACAACAGCCACCAAAAAUACCACAACCUGUGCACUUCCCGGUACCAUUUUUUGGCCAACAGAACCCGUUCCAAGGUAGAUUUCAAGGGCUACCCAAUUUCCAGCCACAGUUCACGUUCUUACCCCAACAACAAAUUCAACCUGUACCAAAGGAAAACAAAGUGACAUUCCCUGAAUCACCAUUCAUUCAGCAACAAAACAAAGGGUCAGUUCAACUCGUGUACGUUCCUAUUGAAGCUCUACAGAGGCAAAAACCCAGGUUGCAAGCCGAUAGGCCGAUACCGCAACAGUCACAAAUUGAAACUAAGACGCAAUCGCCGUUCGAGACUGGCAAACUAAAAUUCCAAAGACCACCGCAACCGUUUGAACCACAGUUCCCAAUUCCUCAACAAUUUGAACAGCAAUCCAAUCGUUUUGCACCACCUCCACCACCACCGUCAUUUGAACAGAAUACUGGCCGUUUCCCACCACCAUCACAGUUAUUUGAACAAGGUAAACCAAGUUUCCAAAAUCAACUGAAGGAACAACGUCCAGAGUUUUUGCCUCAAAACGAACAGCCAGCCGGUCCUCAAUCAUUUCAGUUUGUCGAAGAUGCAAGAAACCCACCUUCCAACUUUUUUCAAUUUCACGAUAAUAGAUUCCAAAAGCCAUCUUUCGAAGAUAAACCAAAAGAAGUAAAACCACAAGGACAACAAACGUUUACACCCAAUAGUGACGAAUCUAGACAAGAGUCAACCCAAAAUUUCGUUUCAAACUUUGAUGGAAAUCGUCCAAGACAGGGACCACCGCCACCACCACAAAAUUUCCAAUCAAAUUUCGAAGAAACAAGACCUAGACAAGAACCACGCCCACAAGGUGCCCAACCUAAUUUCCAAGAAACAAGAUUAAAGCAAGAACUGCCACCGACCAAUUUUGUCCCCAAAUUUGAAGAACCAAAAUUAGAACCUCAACAACAGUUUGUUCCUAAUUUUCAAGAAACAACAAGGCCGAGACAAGAACAAUCAACACCACCACAAUUCAUUCCCAAAUUUGAGGAACCAAAAUUAGAACCACAACAACAAUUUGUACCUAAUUUCCAAGAAACUAGGCCGGGACAAGAAUUACCACCACCGCCACAGUUCGUUCCCAAAUUUGAAGAAGCAAAAUUACAAUCUCAACCACAAUUUAUUCCCAAUUUCCAAGAAAAUAGACCAAGACAAGAAUUACCACCACCGCCACAAUUCGUACCCAAGUUUGAAGAACCAAAAUUAGAACCUCAACAGCAAUUUGUUCCAAACUUCCAAGAAAUUCCACAGCAAGUAACAGCGCAACAAACAUUCACUCCUAAUUUCGAGUCUCUAAGGCCAAAACCAGAAGUUCAACAAAACGUUGUUCCUAAUUUCCAAGAAACGAGGCCUAAACAAGAACCACAAGCACCUUUUGUACCAAAAUUUGAAGAAGUAAAACAAAUAUCAAAACCAAAAGUUCAACUAUCGCAACCUUCGACAUUAGCACCUCAACUGUCAUUUAAUUCACCAAGUCAGACAGAAAAAGUAAUACAAACAUCGUCGACGCCAUAUCCACCACCUCAUCAACCACCACUUUCUGUUUAUAUGGAAAAACGAUUGGAUAACAAGAUAAACGAAGUACUAACUAUACUUAAGGAUGCAAAAACUAUACCAGUAUUAGAUACAAUUGGUAACCGUUCACCCAAAGUGUUCGUCGGACCAUCCGAUCUCGAUGCACCCAGAGGUUAUGUUAAAUUUGCAUUGCCUUAUUUGUCGUCUCUCGAUAUAACUAAAAUUGAUUCAAUGGUCGAUCGUUUACCAUUUUUCGUCGCUCCACUUAAUUUCAAACCUCCACCAGGUUACGCAAAAAUCCCAUUCCCACCACCACAUAUAGGAUCUGUUGUUGUGUCUUCCAAGUCACCAGUUGUUUCUUCUUCUACUGAAUUCAAUCCAUUCAAACUCACGUCCCAAUUGCCAACUGAGGUGAAUUCUUUACAACCAUCUGUAUCCAGCACCACUCAACGAGGAACCGAAAGAGCUCAACCAAGCACUGAUGUCACACCCACUACACCAAAACGAAAUCGACAAAGAAAACCAUUGCAUAGGGGUUCAUUGACUAGUUUUAGCACGACUACUCCCUUAAAUGAUAUCACCGAACGGCAAAAAGAUCAAUUUACAACACCUGCAGAAUUACAAAAGUUGCCAGAAAUUUCGACUCCAGUGAACGAUAAACAACAAUUUUUGGAGAGUACACCAACGUCCAUUCGACAGAAGUUUUCACGAAAACCGGUAGAACAACAACAGACAGUUUUUGAAACCACACAAUCACCUGUGUUUGAAAAUACACAGAAACAACAGUUUGAAAACACACAGCAACAACAGUUUGAAAGCUCACAGCAACAACAGUUUAAUAACAUUCAGCAACAGCAGUUUGACAAUACACAGCAACAGCAGCAGUUUGAUAACAUACCGUCACAACAAUUUUUCGCAGAUCAACAAGUUCCACAAAACCAACAAAACUAUUUGGACACUCUCAACUCGUGGCCUCAGCAAGAACAACAACAGUUUUUCAAUAACCAACAACCAAGCCAACAGCCGUUCUUUGAAAAUAAUCAACAACUUUUAGAUAAUCCUACUCAGACUACUCAAGAGCAAAUUUCAAGUAAUCCUCAAUCAUUAAAUGAUCUAAACAAUCCAGAAAGAAAUCAGCAACAGUUUAUUUCUAGCUCUACUGAAAAACAGAUUUAUAAAAACUUUCAACAAGUACAACCACUUUCUCAGUACCAAGUAGGUAAUAACUUUUUAAAUCAACAACAGUCGUCUACGGAACAAGUUCAAUCGGCAUCCAAUCCUCCACAAACCAUAUCUGAAGAACCUCUGACGGUAGCGACAUUAUCCCCCACAGACACGCCAAAACUUAGACAGCGCUUGUCGUAUUACGAUAAAUUACAGUCGACAUCGACCCAAGUACCAGUUGAAGUACCAAGUACUCAAAAUAUCAUUGAAUCCAGUGAAAAACCCAAAGAACGAACGAAGUUGAGGCCAAGGCAGAGAUUAACUACGACGAAAAGACCCACGACCGAGUCUUCAAGCGCUUCAGAAGAAGUGUCCGAGCAGACAGCAGAAACAUCGACCCAAAGGUAUAAUCCUCUGAAAAGACGUCGCCCAGUAACAACUACGACAACUACUGAAACGAUUGAAACUACGAGAAAUCCUUUGAGGUCUAGAACGACACAAGCUAGUAGAUCAGAGUUCGUGCGAUCGAGAUCUAGCAGGAGACCAACCACCACACCGACUACAACAACCACGACGACUACAGAAGCCGCUCCUGUGCAACAGUUCCAAGAAGAAGUACAGCCGACCGUUCAACAAGAUGAACAGAAGAAAAUCGAAGAAGCCGCGUCAUUCUGGAAUGAACCAGUAACCGUACAGCAGAGUCAUGGUUACGAGUUAGAUACAAGGUACACGCAAGCGCCUUCCGGUCCAGACAGCAAGUUUAGUAGUGGAGAACCACCAGCGGACGAAGACUUAUCAAAGGAAAAACACUAUCACAACAGUAGUAAUGACAAAAAAGCCCAUGACCCGAACGUUGAGAAGAAAACACCAGGCCGUCGAGGCCAUUGGGUCAGGGUACGAGUAAAGAAGCCACAAGACAACCUGGACACAGCUGAGUCACAAAACUCUUUAGGCCCCAUUGCAGCGAACGCCAUUCAUGACUUAGUGACAAAACCGACCACUGAGCUCGGAGUCUCAUCAACUUCCGCUCCGGAAAAACUAUCUACGACCACAACUACUACCACAGUUGCACCGACAACCAUAACCGCGUCCGUGACAACUGACAAUAGCCAAAAGCAAUUUUCGAUGACUACCGUUUCUGAUAACGCAGAAGUGGUGAUGACGACAACGGAAGAAGAACGUCCGGCCGAAACUACUCAGACUCCAGAAGCGUCUCCACCUGUGGCCAAAUAUCCGGACGACGAACAAGACGAGGCAUUCCAACGGAACUUGGCUGAUAUGCUGGCCAAAUUCAUCAGUGGUGGUGGUGACGAACCUCGGGCUGAUACCGCAACGGUGUCUACGGCAGCUGAAGAUUCGACAGUUGAUUUAGUUGCUGAGACAGAGUCAACGGAUCCAACCGUCGUCACCGCAGCCGCGGUCACGGAACUGCCUAUCGCACCGGUCACGUCCACCACGACCAAGGUAUCUAUGGAGACUGAAAUAUGCUAUAAGGGUAGGUGCGUGAAGAGCAAAAAGAACAAACAGAUAACCGAUCUGGUGUCUGAGCCAUGAAUAUUAUAAUAAUAUAAAAUACAUUUUAAAUAUCAUGUAAUAUGUACACGCGUAUCUUAAGGUUAUAAUAAUAAUUAAAAGAAUAUGUGAGACGAAGAUGCUUGCUUAUAGCAGGCGUCGGUAAAUAUCGAGUAUAGUAAGAACAGAGUAAAUAAUAAUAAAAAAAUUAUUGCUCUUACAUUCGCCUCCGAGUCUACACAUAAAACCAAAGAUACAAAUGGGAUACAAAUCUGUGCCAACGUCUAGAAAAAAAUAUUUUGUACAUAUUAUUUUUAUACAUAUAUAUUAUUAUACUUUAGUCACAUUUAUAUAAUUUAUUAGUUACGUGUAUGCGUUGAACAAACAUUUAUUUAUAUAAACCUAUCGAAUGCGUCUACUUUUGUCUGUUUCACUUAUGAAACUCAUUUUAUACAACUUAAAACAUAUUUUAUUUAAUUAUUUUUAUUUUGUAAUUGUAUAUAAACAUGUUUUUCUUAUUAAAUAUUUAUUUGGUAAGUGAACCGUUUGCUCUGUCAUAAAAAUACAUAAUGUAUGUAUUAUGUUUGCAUUAAGACAUUGUAAAUUGUAUGUGUAUUGAAUUUAAUUGUAACAUCAUUAUCAUAUAAUUUGAUUAUAUAAUUAUUAAUGUUAAGCAUAAUAUUAUGUAUAUUAUGUAUAGGAACGUAACUACAUAAGAAUUUUUUCUGAAAUCAAUAAACAUCGGAAAAAGGAACUCUUCAGUCGAGAAAUGCCUUAGCUUUAUAAUUUAUAUGUAAUUCGAAUAUUAUUAUAUUUUUACUGUGUACACUGUAAAACAUGUAUGAUUAAAUUAAUUUUCUAUAAAAAUA